GGGAUAUUUUUCUGUGGCGGUUUUGGCAAGCUGCAGUCAGCUUUGCAGAUGCUAUGUCUGAGCAGUAAGCAUGGCGGAAAAUCAUCUGGAGUACGGCUACCUCGAGGGCGAGUCCAUCGGAGAGCAAUUCACGGAGGACCCGGAGCUGCUGGCCAUCAAGGCCAGGGUGCAGGAGCUGGAGAUGGAAGAAGAGUCGGAAAGACUGAAGGAGGAGGAGAGGUGUGAUGCAGUGGACAUGCAGCUCCUGACCAGCAGCCCUCAGUCUGGACCUUUCUACAACAUGACUCCCGAGGAGAGGAUAGAUGCAGACAACAGGUCGAUCUAUGUUGGAAAUGUAGACUAUGGAGCCACUGCAGAUGAGUUGGAGAUCCACUUCAAUGGCUGUGGUCCUGUCAACAGAGUUACCAUCCUGUGUGACAGGUUCUCCGGCCAUCCUAAGGGCUUUGCUUACAUUGAGUUCUCCGAUCGGGAUUCUGGCCAGAGUGCCAUUAGUGUGGUUACAGCUUGUGAGCUGUGUUUUGAGGACAACUGCUGA